CAUAUACAUGCACUACAAGUUUAUGCAUUGAAUUUAACAACUGGUCAUAUCAAGCAUUAUAUGUAUCCCAUCAGAUUAGAGAAGAAAAAGAAGAUGCAAGAAGAUUGAGACGAUAAGGUUUUUUGCCCUAAACAAGAAGAAACAGAUAACAGUAAUCACCAUAUCAGCAGAUAUAUAUAUAAGUAUGGGAAGAGGUAAGAUAGAGAUUAGAAGGAUUGAAAAUUCGACAAACAGGCAAGUCACAUUUUCAAAAAGAAGAGGAGGAUUGUUGAAGAAAGCUCAUGAACUUGCAGUUCUUUGUGAUGCCCAGCUUGGGCUCAUUAUCUUCUCAAGUAGUGGCAAGAUGUUUGAAUAUAGCUCUCCUCCAUCCAAUAUGCGACAAAUCAUUGAGCGAUACCAGAAGACUUCAGGAGUGCGCAUUCAGGAGUACGAUAACCAGCAAAUAUUCACGGAAAUGACGAGGAUGAAGCGUGAGACAGAUAAACUUCAGGCUAACAUGAGACGGCAUACGGGAGAGGACCUGAAUGACUUACGUUAUGACGAUUUGGAACAACUGGAACUUCAACUUGAAAACUCCGUUAACAAAGUCAGAGCUAGGAAGAACCAGCUUUUGCAGCAGCAGCUAGAUAACCUGCGUAGAAAGGAGCAAAUCCUAGAGCAGCAACACAACUACUUGUGCCGUUAUUUGGAGCAACAAGCAUCUAUGGAGGAGCAUCAUCGUCCUCAGUCAUUACUUUUGGAACCUAAACUAUCACUAAGUGGAGAAGAACAAUCAGCAGUGGCUACUGCAACAGGGGGGGCAACCACAUUUGAUCACGUUGCAAUGCAACCAUACUAUCCAGCUUAUCAAGUGGAUCAAGGGUGCAGCAGCAGCAGUAGACACAAUAGUCGUAGCAGUCUUGAAUUUUCUUCUCUUCUUCAUCAUCAACUUCAUCCCUAUCGUCUUCAGCCAACUCAACCUAACUUGCAAGAGGUAGUUACUGCUGAUCAACUUCAACACCAUGGCCUGCAACUCUGAGUCACUGUAAAAUUGCAAAUGAAGCAUCUUCAUGAAGAGAAAUACUGUUGCAAAUUGAAGAUGAAGGAAAGAUAAAUAUACUUAUAGCAUGUGUGUUCUAAAGAUACUAUUUUCGUAAUAAAUUGUAAGGCAGAUAUGUGCAUGAACUGCAGUACAGUUAUGUUUCAUUCCUAGCUAGUAGUUAUUACCGUAUUUAAUUAAUUAUCA